CUAAUCUUCUUUCCCUCACCAUUGUGGGCCGCAAGUGGUCCGAUGUCGCAGGGCUGGCAACCUCAAACGGCCCAGUUUACAAAUUGGAAUACCUAAUAAUACCCGCGGCCACAUUCAUUCGCCACUCUUUCCAAACCCUAGAGCCGCCGCCGCCGCCGCCGCCGCUCCUCGCCUCCCCUGCAGCCUAUCCUCCUCAACCAGCCGCAGCCAUGGCGGACGUCGACGUCGAUACGGAGGUCGCCGCCGCAGGAGCGCCCAAGAAGAGGACGUUCCGCAAGUACAGCUACCGCGGCGUGGACCUCGACGCGCUCCUUGACAUGUCCACCGAUGACCUCGUCCAGCUCUUCCCCGCCCGCGCCCGCAGAAGGUUCCAGAGGGGUCUGAAGAGGAAGCCGAUGGCUCUCAUCAAGAGGCUGCGCAAGGCGAAAAAGGAAGCGCCUGCUGGUGAGAAGCCCGAGCCUGUCAGGACCCAUCUGCGCAACAUGAUCAUUGUGCCAGAGAUGAUAGGCUCCAUAAUUGGAGUGUACAAUGGGAAGACCUUCAACCAGGUUGAGAUCAAGCCUGAGAUGAUUGGGCACUACCUUGCUGAAUUCUCCAUCAGCUACAAGCCCGUCAAGCAUGGAAGGCCCGGUAUUGGUGCCACCCACUCCUCCAGGUUCAUCCCUCUCAAGUGAAGCAUCCCAGAGGGCAUGCUCAUGUCCAGGCCAAAGUUAUGUGGGCCUGCUGUUAUCUUUUAUCGGAUAAGACUUUGUUCCUUAGCACUUAGUGUUUUGUCUGAGGAAAGUUUGUCCAGCAAUGAUUCUAGUUUUGCAGUGGAAUUUUGAGAACCUGAGAGCUACUUCUGUUUUCAAAUUGAAAGUGGAGAUAUGUUGUCUAUGGUGCAAUUCCCUCCCCGUUGUC